CGGCCAUGGAGAGUCACCGUUGGCUGCCUCUGGAGGCCAAUCCCGAGGUCACCAACCAGUUUCUCAGACAAUUAGGUCUGCAUCCCAACUGGCAAUUUGUUGAUGUGUACGGUAUGGAACCUGAACUCCUUAGCAUGGUGCCACGACCAGUUUGUGCUGUACUGCUUCUCUUUCCAAUUACAGAAAAGUAUGAAGUAUUCAGAAUAGAAGAAGAAGAAAAAAUAAAAUCAGAGGGACAAGAUGUCACAGAAUCGGUGUAUUUCAUGAAGCAAACCAUCAGUAAUGCCUGUGGAACAACUGAUUUGAUCCACGCCAUUGCUAACAACAAAGACAAAAUGAAUUUUGAAUCUGGAUCAGCAUUGAAAAAGUUCUUGGAAGAAUCUCUAAGUAUGAAUCCUGAAGAAAGAGCCAGAUACCUAGAAAAAUAUGAAGCUAUUCGAGUUACUCAUGAAUCGAGUGCCCAUGAAGGUCAGACAGAGGCACCAAGUAUAGAUGAAAAAGUAGAUUUGCAUUUUAUUGCAUUAGUUCAUGUAGAUGGGCAUCUCUAUGAAUUAGAUGGGUGCAAACCAUUUCCAAUUAACCAUGGGAAAACUAGUGAUGAUACUUUAUUAGAGGAUGCCAUAGAAGUUUGUAAGAAGUUCAUGGAACGGGACCCAGAAGAGUUAAGAUUUAACACAAUUGCUCUUUCUGCAGCAUAG